GCUGCAUAACGAAAAUGAGCGUCUUCGCCAGCAGCGCAUCGCAGAUGCGGAAGAGUACGCUCGGAAGUGCAAGCAAGCACAGGACGAGAUGCUAGAAGCCAUGGAAGAAGCUGCUAGAAGAAAAAAGGCACGACAGGAUGAAGAUAAGGCGUUCGCGAUGGCCGGGGAGCAGGCUGCAGACGAUGCAGAGGCAAGAAAUCGAGCAGCCGUCCAAGCCAGAAUGGAUCAGAUUGAGAGGAACUGCCAGACGAUCGGAGCCGACAUCGCCGG